AUGAGCUGGGGCUCAGGAGGAUUCGGCUCUUUUGGCCAGCAAAAUCAAUCGGGCCAGCAGCAACAGCAGCAGCAGCAGCAAACGCCAGGCCUUAAUCUCUUCGGUCAGCCCCAGCAGCAGUCCACGCCGUCUACCUUUGGGUCAGCAUUUGGCCAGCCUCAACAAGCCAGCACGUCUGCUUUUGGCCAGCCGGCAGCGCCAGCAGCUCCUACAUUCGGCGGAUUCGGUGCGGGUGCGAGCUCUGCGCCUGCCUUUGGAACACCCGCGCCCUCGGCAUUCGGCCAGCCAGCUCAGACCAAUGCCUUCGGCACGGCCGCAGCAACACCUGCAGCCCCCUCGUUCAGUUUUGGCGCAAAUACCAAUCAGACCAACGCGUUCGGCACGCCUAACAAUACCGGUCUGGGCGCUUCCAAUGCCUUCGGCCGUCCUGCCAACACGACCGGCUUCGGCUCUACGCCUUUCGGACAGCAGCAGCAGCAGCCUGCGCAGACUUCUCUCUUUGGCAAUACUGGCGCGAGCACAGGUGCUUUCGGUGCGCAAGCACAAGGGCCAACUAUCACUACCGGCACGGCAAACCCGCCAUACUCGACAUUCAGCGAGAAGGACGCGCCAGGCAGUAAUCUGACGAGCGUCUAUCAGAGUAUCGUCGCUAUGCCGCAGUACAAGAACUAUUCGCCAGAGGAAUUGCGACUUCAAGAUUAUGAGCAGAACCGCAAAGUCGCGACAACGACAGGCGGCUUUGGCAGUGCUGGAGCCUUUGGCGCACCAUCCACAGGCGCAUUUGGUGCAACGCCCUCUCUCUUUGGUCAGCCAGCUCAGCAGCAACAGCAGCAGCCUGCCUCGAAUCCUUUCGGCGGGGGAGGUGGUCUGUUCGGACAGCAGCAGCAGACGCCUGCCACUAAUCCGUUCGGUCAGCCUGCCCAGCAGCAGCAAACGAGCUUAUUCGGCAAUCCUGCGUCGACUACUUCGGCUUUCGGUCAAUCCGCGCAAAACACAGCCAGCACCGGCCUUUUCGGUCAGCCAGCCACAAGUCAACCGGGCGGCACGACCACUGGCUUUGGCUCAAGCCUCUUUGGCGCGAACAACAAUAAUACCUCAGCGUUUGGUCAACAGAACAAUCAGCCCAAGUCAUUCUCAUUCGGUAGCACGCCGUCUAACACGCUCGGCCAGAGCAACAUGACCGGUGGCUUCGGAUCUGUGUUCGGUCAAAACAACAACCAGCAGCCCGCGACAGGCUUCGGAGCUGCCGCGACGCCUAGCACAGGCUUCAGCUUCGGCGCGAAUAACAAUGCGGCUAAGCCUGCUUUCGGAGGCUUCGGUACGCCCGCACAGAGUCAGCCCGAAGCGCCCAAAUUCAGCUUCGGCACGCCCUCUACCGGUCUUGGCACAGGCCAACAGAACCAGCAGCAAUCUACCGGUCUCUUUGGCCAGCCUGCUCAGCAGCAGCAGAACAAUCAGACCCCGUCACUCUUCGGCGGCACGGGGACAAGCGCCUUUGGAGGGUUUGGACAACAGCAGCAACAACAGCAGAACAACACUAACAAUAGUACGCUCGGAGGAGGUCUCUUUGGCACGAAGCCUGCAGCGCCUUCUGGCGGUCUCUUUGGUGCUCAGCCUCAGAAUACAGGUUUCGGCGGCUCUCUCUUCGGGGCUGCACAGAACCAGAACCCGGGCCUGGGCAAUUCAUUCGGUGGGUCUAGCUUGUUCGGCGGACAGAAUACGCUUGGUCAGACGAACCAACAACAGCAACAGCAGCAAAAUCUGCAGGCUUCUGUGGACCAGAAUCCAUAUGGCAACAAUCCGCUGUUUGCGAAUCCGCAGAAUUCGCAGCCUGCAGGGCCGCAAGCGACGCCCUUGUUUGCUAGCGACAAGAUCAAACCCGCUUUGUCUAUGAAGAGCAGCACGCCUAGAUCGACUGCAAAGAUCACUAAGUUGCGCGGCUUUGCGUCACCGAGCCCCGUCAUAGGCUCCCUUGGUCGAAGCGCGUCCUUCAACGCUGGACUUUCGAGUGCUUCUGCAUCUCCCAUGAAUGGCCGCAACUCUCCGUUCAGCCUGCUGUCGUCGCUCAAUCCUGCUGCUGGCUCGAUGAGCCCCAGUGCCUUUGCGCCGAGGCCCAGCAUCAAGAAGCUUACAAUCGAUAGAAGCAGCGAGAGCUUCCUUGCCGACCGCAGUCGCAGUCACGAUACCCCUUCUGCUGGUCCUCCAAAAUCCAACCGAUCUCUCCCUAGCACAGGCAGCAGGCCAAUGUUGGAUCCAGAUCUAGCAGAAGCUCAGGCAAGGCAAGAAGAAGAGUCACGACAUCUGGGCGAUGCAACCCCUUCUCGACCGAGCCGGGCACAGCAUCCCAGCACGCUUUUCAGCUCGUCGCCCGCUCACGGCGACUCAACUCCCUCCACACCGGCGCGUAAGCUCAAGCACGGAGACUACUAUACCAUUCCAGAUAUAAAGACUCUCGACAAGCUACCCAGCGAGGAGUUACACGCUGUCCAGGACUUUGUCGUCGGCCGGGAAGGGCUUGGCAAGCUCAGCUAUCUCGAGCCGGUCGAUCUGACGACACUUUCGCGGCUCACCGACAUAGCCGAUGGCGUCGUGCGUCUCGAGCCAAAGACAUGUGAUGUCUACGGUGGCGAGUUUCGCGAGAACAAGCCACAAGUGGGAGAAGGCCUUAACACGAGAGCCGAGAUUACGCUCUACGGCUGCUGGCCGAAGGACAAAGCAACGCGACAGCCCAUCAAGGACCUAUCUAACCCUAAGCUGAAGAAGUAUAUCAACUCUCUCAAAGCGACGAAAGAUUCUGCUUUCGUUGACUAUCAAGUCGAAGACGGUGCAUGGAUCUUCGUCGUCGAGCACUUCUCCAUAUAUGGCGCGCCAGAAUCAGAGGAUGACGAAGCGAGCGGCUCUGAAGAUGGCGAGACGGACUCUGCGCUUUCCGAUGGGACAAGUAUCUCAGCUACUUCGAGUCGUUCGGCUGCAUCAUCAGAUGAUUCUAAAGGCUCACAAGAAGACCCCACGGUCUAUCAGGACGUAGUCCCAAUCGCUUCGCUUGCAAUGGAUCAGGAUGAGAGCGGCAACGAGCAUACACCUCGUCGUCGAACAGUGCAACACACGCAAGACGACGACGACGACAGCGCGGGAUCGAUGGCAGAAGUAGCGGACUAUCGUCGCGUCUCGCUGCCGCCUCCAAAGUCUUUCGCUUCUCCGUGGGCGAAAGUCGCAGGAGCACAGAGCCAGCGAGCAUCGUUGAUGCGGAACUCCUUGUUCUCUGGGCCUCCGCCAUCUAUCAAACAAUCCAGAGCAUCCGACCGCUUUUCCCAAGUACAGCCUGGGCCAGAAGCCACUCGCAUCAAGCCGGCACAGAUACCUGCGCUCGCUGUCAAAGCCGGUUCUGACGAGCCUGUAUUGAAGCUACGCAAGCUGACCAAUCCGAUCGCGUCUCAACUCCAGCAGCUCUUCUCUGAUCCAUCUCUAUCACUGGCUCGCUCAUUCCGCGCCGGCUGGACGGCUGACGGGCGACUGCUAAUUCCCUGCAUGCAUGCGAACCAAGAUCGUCUGCCCGAUCACACGGUCAAGAUCGUCGCGCCGAAGCUAUUGAGUCGAGACGAUGACGAGGAGAGACAGGCAUCGCUUACUGUAUUGGCCGUGCAGCUGAGGCAUUCGAACAUACUGAUGACGGACGAAAGUGACGUGCCUCGUGUGCAAACACUGGCCACUUUCAGAUUCAGAGACUUGGCAACAGACGAGAAUGCGAUCAGGAAUCCAGAUGAAUAUACUUUAUGGACGCUGGGCCAAGCGCUCUUCGACGAGAUCGAGCUGCCAAAGGAAGCCGAGCCCAGCACUGAGAUUGCGGCCAAUGUUCUCGCUUUGAGACGACGAUACGCACUUUCUGCAUGGCUCCAGCGGGCUGUAGCCAGCGCGACCGAAAGUGACCUGCGCAAGCAGCAAGGUGUCAAGCAGAUCACAACGCUGCUAUCAGGCUAUCAGAUCGCAAGAGCAUGCGAAAUGGCACUAGACCACAUGGAUUUACGUUUGGCCUCACUGAUCGCUCAAUCUGGCGGUGAUGACUCCUUCAGGCGUGACCUUCAUCAGCAGCUCGUCAAGUGGCGCGAGAGCAGAACCGACGCACAGAUCAACGAUGAGUACAGGAGGAUCUUCGAGAUCCUCAGUGCAAAUCCUGGCAUCUCUCGAGGUUCUGGCAGCAAGGAUCCUGCUGAUGCCAGUGCCACCAUCUCUGUGUCACGGGGCCUCGACUGGAAGCGCGCCUUUGGCCUCCAUCUCUGGUAUGGACCGCAACAUGAUGCGAUCGCUUCUGUCCUACAGCGGUAUCACGCAGCUUCCAAAGAUGUUCCAGGCGUUCAGCCGCCAGUUCCUUGGUUCGCCGAAUGUGAGCCUGGUCGCGAAUCAGACAUUCAGGUCGCACCGCAGGCAGACAUGCUGUUCCGCUUGAUCCAGCUCUAUGUCUCGCCGGUGCAAGACCUCGAAUCCGUCUUAUUGCCUCAGGGCAUUACACCAUCAGCAGCAGAUUAUCGACUGUCCUGGCAUCUUUAUACCCUGCUGGCAACGGCAUUGAAGAAACGAGAUUUUGACGACGUACCGGAACCAUCCCCUGAAGGGACAGGCAACAGACAUGGCAGCGCUAGAGCCGACAGCCUGUGCUCGGACUAUGCCAGCCAGCUAGAACUGAUCGGUCUCUGGCAAUGGGCGGCCUUCGUGCUGCUUCACUUGUCCGAAGAAUCGGGACGCGCCAAAGCGCUUAAGGAACUCCUGGCGCGCAAUGCCGCUGACCUAACUGACGAGAUGCGCGACUUUCUCGAGAAUACCAUCUCUGUGCCAUCGUACUGGAUCGCAGAGGCAGAGGCACGCCUGGCUGAACAUGAAAAUCGCAUCUGGGACGCUUAUCAGCUGUACUUUGACGCCGGUUCUUUCAACGAUGCGCACCGUUUGGCUGUGUCAGACCUGGCGCCAGAAGCGAUCAUUCGUGAUGAUAUCGAGCUCCUUGUCGACAUGCUGACACCGAUGCGAGAGCGAAGCAUUGCGGAUUGGUCAACGGGUGGACAGGUGUUCGACGAUUACUUGCGCUGCAAAGACCGUGUCGAGCAUCUUCUGCGGGUCUAUGCAACUGCCAUUGAGCCUGACCCAAUGGAAGCUGCCGAAUUGCUGCAGCUCAUCACGAUCAGUCUGCCGGCGAUCACACGCCGUGUUGCUGCGCUUUACAAGGAUACGGCCACGAAUGCGAAGCAUCGGGCCUGUGUCAGCGAUAUGCUGUCUCGCUUGAUGCAGACGCAGCUUGCCGUCGAUAGCGUGGGUGCACAGCUCGAUAGAUCUGAUCAAAUCGCUCUAGGCGAUCUGACGCAAGCGGACGCCAUUACAUUCCUGACGAGUACGACAACAGCUUCCUUCUUACAUGCUUGCGAAGCAACAUGA